CAUUGAUGUAGACUACCGGAGCACGCUUGCCGCCUAUUUAUAGUAUAUACGCUGCCGCUGCACGCUUAUGUAACCGCCGCCGAGUCGUCCGUGUCCCAUCAUGCAGCAGGGCUACAAUGGCACGCGGUACGGCCAAGACUGUAAUAAAAAUCUGGAAGGGUGUAAGGAUGAAACGUGGAAGGGCGGUUGCAACGUGACCAGCCUAACGGACCACUCGCCGCAUCCGACUUGGGACAACGUGUGCUUGGAACAACUUGUGUGGAUGUUCAACAUACACGCCUACGGGUUCGCGUGCCUCUUCUUUAUCUUGUCCUUCUACGCCGUCUUCUCCAUAUUGAACAUCAGAGCGCAAACAAAGAACAAAAAGGAGAAACCGUACAUGGCGGCCAUCAACGCUCUGUUGCUUGCCACCGGGGUCAGCCGCACAUUUGUGUUGUUCAUCGACCCAUACAACACCAGACGGAACAUUUCAUCCGUUGUCACACAUCUCACCUGGGACCUGGGCUUGUGCAGCUUAAUAGCUGCUCUGUCUCUACUGCAGCUCGCUUACAUACAGUUGACUCAAUUGCAAGCGGGUCCGGUCAACAUGAGACGCAAAUCGGUCGUUGUCACAGCCACUGUGUUGCUGGUAGGAGUGCUCGUGCCUGCCGACAUCACUGCCUCCGUCGAUUACAAACUUUGGGUGUUGGGUAACGCGGUGCGCAUACUUUUGCACAUCUGGGGCAUUUGGCUGUGCUGUUUUUUUCUCUACUUGGGCGUUCAAGUCAUGACGCUCGUCAAACGUAUGCCUAAAUCGGUUUUGCAAAAUUUUGACGCCCGACACAAAGGUAUAAUGCAAUUAGGCAUAUUGGCACCGUACAACAAUCUCGCCACGUCCAUGGCCGCCGCCUUUGUGCCUGCCCUGUUGGUUCCACAUCAGUCCAAAGAUUCCAAAGAUAAACCGACCGUGAAGAUAACGGCACCAUCGGAAGUGGCGAACAGUUUUAACAGGAUGAACAGGAGGGCCAGCAGCUUUGUGCAGAGACAAAAAAGGUCGGGGUCUUUGUUGAGCCCUACAACACCGUCGAGACGGGCGAGUGAAGUUCAGAGCAUCAUACAAAAGCGAUUGAGUUGCGUGGAGGGAAGCAAGCAGUUUUUGGCAUUGAGCCCCGGCAACAAUACCGGCGAUGGCAGUGAACCCGAAGAGAGCUCGUGGCGGAAGAGUUUCGCUAAAUCGAUUUCGUGGCAAUUUCCGAAGACAGGAGAAUCCGAUAAGGACACUUCCCCCACAGCGUCGUCGUCGUUACUCACACCGUUACAACCACAAAGGAGUUUCAGAAUUAAAUCUACCGGGGCGGCCGAUCAAGAGACCAGACCUACGACCAGACACUCCAGUAGUUUUUCAGACCUGAGCUCCGAGAUGACAUUGAGCACCAUAUUGAAUCACAUAGCUUUCGUGAACCGAGGUAGCGGACAAGCAGGCGACGCUAAGAUGGAAAACGUCAGGAGGCGAGCUUCCAAGGUGGCCGUGACUAAAUCUGAAAUUGUCAUGGUCAUUAGAACCGUACACGUGUGCGCCGGGCUUGCGUUGAUGUUGUGCAUUUUGAAUUUUGCCACUGAAAUCAAUUUCAUCGGCGUGUACACGCAAGACAGACCUUGGUACUGGGUAAUAGUACAAAGCGUGAUUCGUACAUUGGAACUUUCGUUGGCAUGCAUGUUGGCGAACUUAACGAAACAACCGGUGAACGUUAUUCAUCACGCCCAAUACACUCAUCCACUGCGGGCGAAACUGCGAGGGUCGUUUUUCAUUUAAAACAAAAAGGGAGGCACGUGUGUACGAAUCGAGAAACCGCAAAUAAAAAGGCUACAUACUGUUUGGUUCAACAACAACACAACGCUGUACAAUCAUUAAGUUACAAUUAAGUCUGACGGAAGUACUGCGCGAACGGGAACGCGGGACCAUUUUAUACAAAAUCGCAAUACCGGGUUUCACAUGUUAUAAUAUGCAAACAAAUUUUAUAAAUACAAAAAAAAAAAAAAACCAUUCCGAUAGUCUUUAGUUUAUGGGAAUCGUUUUCUCGAAUUCGCCAAGUUAAACUUCCAGCGUAUGCUUGACAGCGUUUACUUUACAGUGUGGGUACCACUAUACGAAUAAAAAUGUUUCGUGAAUCUUUUUUAUUUAUACAUCAGCUGUAUCUAUUAUUAUAAACAAUUACUAUUUUAUUAUAUAUUUCUCCGUGUAGGUAUAAUUAUUCGUUUUAAGAGUAAAGCGCUUUAUAGUCUGAUCGUAAUAAUAUCAACCUAUCACACCACUUAUUCUAACUCGGAAAAAACGUUUAAUGUUAAUUGUUAGGUAGUAAACGUACUUAGGCAGUUACUAUGUAAUUCUACUUAAGUUUAAGAGAUCGCAUUCGGGGAGGAAAGUCCAAGUUACCAAAGAAAAAAUUGAAUGUGAAUAUAAUAUUACCAAUAUAUUAUUAUACCUACUUAAGAAAACGGCAAUAAUACAAGCAUGAUUAAUGUAUUUUCUUCGUUAGCGUAGGAUAUUAUAUUUUAAGUCGUCGAAUCGUAUUAAAUAUUAUAUUUUAUUAUAUAUAACACUUAUAAAUAUAUCUGUAACAACUGUGAAUAAGUGUGUAAGUCAAAUUUAUGACUAAGUACGUUAGAAUGUAGUCCGGAGCGCCUAGCACACCUUGAAUAAAUGUCUAACAAGUUGGACCAACAAGAAAACCUUGUGAGAGAUGUCAGUGCAGUUUAAAAUCAUUGAAAUCGACUUGCAUGUGUAUUAACAGUUGUUACAGAUAUAUUAUGACAAUUGGACACUGCGUCCAUGUGUUAUCUUAUGUAGUUACUUCUAGGGUUAGGAACGUUUUUCUACCUAGAAUUUAUUAUAUAGACUCUAUAUAAGCUAUUAAAAAGUAAAAACUGUCAAUUAUAUUUUGUACAUAGGAAUAUCUCUAUAAAGGCAAUAUAUACAUAUUUAUUAGAAAAACUUAUCGUUUUCAUUAAAAAAUAAUUUAUACGUUACGGAAACCAUUUUAACUAUUUACUAUUUUUUAAAUGUCUGUACACUAGCAACUAUGAUGACUAUUCUAUUUAAUUUCUAAUUGUUUCUUUAUAUUACAACAAAAUAUGUGAGAAUUCUUCCAACUUAAAUU